UUUGUCUGUCCCUCCGUCCCUCUGUCUGUCCCUCCGUCCCUCUGUCUGUCUGUCUGUCUGUCCAUCUGUAUGUCCCUCUGUCUGUCUGUCCCUCUGUCCAUCCAGAUUAGAGUCAUAAUAAGUCAAUAAUAACCAACAUGUGUUUUAAGAGAGAAUUUAAAUGACACACACACAUAGAAACACACACAUAGAAACACACACACAUAGAAACACACACACAUAGAAACACACACACAUAGAAACACACACAUAGAAACACACACAUAGAAACACACACACAUAGAAACACACACACAUAGAAACACACACACAUAGAAACAACAAUGUAAGUGUGAGAAGUUAGCGUGUGUUUGACCCCCCUGGUCUCUGGUCCCUGGUCUCUGGUCCCUGGUCCCUGGUCUCUGGUCCCUGGUCCCUGGUCUCUGGUCUCUGGUCUCUGGUCCCUGGUCCCUGGUCCCUGGUCCCUGGUCUCUGGUCCCUGGUCCCUGGUCCCUGGUCUCUGGUCCCUGGUCCCUGGUCCCUGGUCUCUGGUCCCUGGUCUUCUUCGAGCAGCCUGGAGAGAGACAGUACCCGGGGCAGGUCUACGUCAACAUCGGGCCCCUGAGGACCAACCUGACCUACGACCGGAGGGACAGUUCAGUGACGCUGCUGAAGAACGACCAGGUCCUCAUCAACCUGCUGACGGACAUCGUCACUGAGAAGAGGAGGGCCACCAACAUCCGGCCCCAGAUCCCAGCCACCUUCAGCCACACCAAGGAGGCCAGGGAGAAGGGCGUCAUUCUGAGCCUGAAGGACAACGAAGGCGUCCUCAGGUCGGACAAACAUGGAGACGUCCCCUUUGACGUCAAAGAGAACUUCAGCGACGUAGAAUUCACCAGCGAGGACGUCAACGAGGAGGUGGAGUUCACCGUCAUGGAGCUCAGAGCAGGAAAGCGAGCCAUCCGGAUCCGUCGGGUCAAGGAGCCCCUCCUACUGACGCUCUGCAGCGAGGAGGCCGACGCCCACACCAGUGACACUGAGAAAGCCUCCACCCCUUCAGGGCGGAGCAACAUGAAGCUGGAGGCGGGGCCCAUGAUGAAGCUGGACACGGAGCUGUACGAGGGCAUCGUCAGCCAGCCCAUCAUCGAGCCCACGGCCACCAUGCUGGGCUACCCGGGUCAGAUCCACGCCAACAUCGGGCCCCUGAGGACCAACGUGACCUUCGACCACCGGGACUGUGGCGUGACGCUGCUGAAGAACGACCACGUGUUGAUCAACCUGCUGGUGGACGUGGUGACGGGGAAGAGGAGGGCGGCCAACAUCAGACCCAAGAUCCCCUUCACCUUCAGCUACACCAAGGAGACCCGGGAGCUGGGCGUCAUCACCGGCCUCUCAGCCGACGAAGGCGUCAUCAGCUCAGAGGAACAUGGAGAGAUUCCCUUCGACAUCAGCGAGAACUUCAGCGACUCCGAGUUCAACCCCAGCGACCUCCACAAGGAGGUGGAGUUCACCGUGGCCCUGGUGAAAUCGAAGAAGAGAGCCAUCAGGCUGAGGAGGGCGAGGAGGAUCGAGGACCAGAUCCUGCAUGAGCAGAAACUACGAGAGGAAGAGGAGAAGAAGAAGAAAGAGGAGGAGAAGAAGAAGAAGGAGGAGGAGGAGCAGGAGAGGAGGAAGAGGGAUGAAGAGGAGUGUGAGAGGGAAGUGGAGAAAAGGAAGAAGGAGGAGGUGGCGGCGGCGUUGGCGGCCGCUAAAGACAAGUCCGUGACGUGUCCUCAUGUCUUCCUGCAGUGGACGCCACUCGGGUACACGAUCAGGAUCCCAGACACCAUGGACGACAUCAGCAAGGACCGCUUCCAAGGAACCGUCCUCAAAGCCAUCUCCAAACACCCCCGCAAGGAGGUCAAGAAGGAGCCUGAGGACACCACCGAGGACACCACCACGAAGGACGCCACGGAGGACGCCACGGAGGACGGAGGACAGGCUGAGGACAAAGGACAGGUGAAAAUCAAAGUGGAGAAAAUGGAUGAAGAGGAGAAGACGGAGGUGGAGGAACAGGAUGGAGACGAGGAGAAGAAAGAUGGAGGAGGGGGUGGAGCCAAGCUAGACCCAGAGCUGGGACGUCUGGUCAUGACCAUCAACGGUCAACAGAAGCAGCUCAGCUUCGGCCCCAGAGACCUCCUGACAGGGGCCACCAUGCUGGACGGAGACAAGGUGCGUUUCAACGUCGCCACCAACCAGGAGACCAAAGAGGAGCGAGCCACCUUCGUGGAGAUCCUCCCAGACUCGUUCGAGGAGUCCACUGAGCAGCGGCGCCACGGCAUCGUGAUCGAGUUCUCGGAGGACUCGGGGCUCAUCAAGUGCUCUCAGAACCCUCAGCUCUACUUCCACAUGUCGGAGGUGAUCGAGAAGAAGAAGCUGGAGCUGAACGAGAAGGUGGAGUUCAGCGUCGUCCCGCAUGAGACGGCCGAGGGGGGGAACCAGGCCAUCAGGAUCAAACGUUACACCGAGAGCGUUUUCCUCCCCACUCGGAAACUCGGAGGAGUCAGUGCAGCCAAAGGAAAGAUGACCAUCAAGCUGACAAAGGCCUUAGAGGAAUCUGAGAAAGAAAAGCCAGAGACAGACAAGCUGAAGACUGUGGUGAAGAAUCUCAGAGCACAAGACUCAAACAAGAACGUCCGACGGGAUCACAGUGCGUCUAAAUGUAGGUACACCAGGAGUCGCAGCAGGAGUCGCAGCAGGAGUCGCAGCAGAGGGAGGAGCAGGAGCAGAAGUCCUUCGAGGGACCAGUUCGGACGCAUCAUCAAGAGGAGACGAAGCUCCAGCGUCGAGCGUGGCAGCAGGAAAUACAGGCACAGCCGGGAGAGGUCGCACCGGAGAACCAGGAGUCGCUCCAGGACUCGGAGCCGGAGCUCUAGUCGGAGCCGGAGCAGAGAGAGAAAAGAAGACCGGACCUCCAGGAAGAAGAGCAAAGCCAGCAGAGAGCUCGAAGAGAGACGUAAGAGGAGGAGGGAGCUGAGUCCGCCGCCCCCCAGGAGAGGAGGAGUCAUGGACGACGAGCUGGCCAGGAAGAAGCGAGAGCUGGAGGAAUUGAACGAGAUGAUCGCCUACAAAAAGUCUCUGGUGGAGGUGGACCCCGGACAGAGGACCUGCAUAGACUAUGACCACGGCAGGAUAGCCGUCCCCCUGACGGAGUACAAACCGGUCCGAUCCAUCCUGAAGAAACGUCCUGAGGGUCCUGAGUACCACCAUCGCUCUCCUUACGACGACCCCUACUACGACCGACCCUACAGUCCCUACCAGGACCGUCUCUAUGGCGACCGCUACGCCAGCCGUCCCUACAGCGACCGCCUGUAUGAAAGCCGACUCUAUGGUGAAGCUCCCUACCUGCCGUCGUCCAGCCACCGCUACACUGACCGCUAUGACGUUUACGACGAACCCUAUGACGAACGCCACUAUGAGCCGCCCUACGACCGUCCGUAUGAUCCAUAUGGUCUGGUCAAGCGAAGCCAGUCUCCAGAACCCCAUCGCUCCUCGUCCCCGUCUCAGUCUGGACCAGUUCCUGCUGCCUCCACCCAACCUCUUGCUGCCCCGUCCUCUUCCCAUCCUCCCUUCAGACCUCCCUCCCCCAUGGAGUCUCCCCCUAGAAGCCCUUCUCCCAAACGGCAGCCAUCUCCGGCUGAGAGGCCUCCUCUGGAUCGUUUCCUCGACAUGCUCAACAAAAAGGUGGACGCUGAAAAGAAAUGUGAGCCGGUCCGUGUUGCUGAUGACCUCCUUCCUCACGAGCGAGCGCUUCAGGAUGGGAAGGGCUUCUCUCGGAUCCUGGGAUUGGCUCAGGAACCAGCUAGCAGUGGCCUACCCCUUGAAGUGGAGAAGAAGGAACCAGCCUCUAAGCUGUCCUCGGUAGAGUUGCCCAGCGAGGAAUCAAAGACAGAACCUUACGACAAGAUCCAGAGUCUACUCCGAAGCAUUGGCCUGAAGCUGAGCACAGGAGACGUGUCCAAACUGGCUGGCAGAGCCCAGGAGAAGGGUUACGCUCCAAAGGCCUCGUCUGCAGAAAGAGAGAUUUUAUCAUUCCCAGUGGAAGAACUGCGGACCCACAGACCGGGUUCUGUUGAAUUGGAUCAGAUCCAUUCCCCGUCCCCGGCCAGAUCCUCCAGCCUGGAGCCGAUCCGCCGUCGUAAAACUUCAGCGCUGCAGUACGAAGACUUCCUGGACCAGCAGGAGUUGGAGGCACUUAAGAAGGCGCAGCGGCUGCAGACUCUUACCAAGACAAUGGGGAGCACUCCCUCCACCUCCACCUCUCCCAAACCUCCUCCCGGGCCUCCCCCCACUCACUACCAACACCCACCUCCGCCACUCAACUGGCCUCCUGGUAUCAUCUCCCAGAUCUCCCCACCACAGACCUCCACCUCCGCUGGCAUGGCCACUCCAGCUUCUCCUGCAGUGGGUGAACCACACCACAGACUGGGACCUCCUCCUGGACCUCCUCCACAGUGUCCAGCACAGCUUAUUCCAGGACCUCCCCCUGGACCUCCUCCACGGCAUCCCAUUGGACAGCCUCCUUUCCCUCUACCUUCUAGAAAUGCCGUCUUGCAUUUUAUGGGACAGCCUGAUGCAUCUCUACCCAGUACCUCCUCUUCGCAGCCUUUAAGCGCCUCUGCAGUAACACACCCACCAUCAUCAGCACCGGCAGCCUCAUGUUCUACAGGCGACGACUCGUCGUCAGUCAUCUCUACGACAGUGGCCAGAUGUUUGAAGGUCAUAGAGACGGUGAAAUCUCUGGCUGCACAGCCCCCAGCAAAACAAGCCAAGUCAGUCCAGUUCAGUUUACCCACAGAGUCGCCAUCAGUCGUGGUUCCUCAGACCUCAGCAGAGGCCGAUGAUGACGUCAAGACCAAGCAGAAGGAGAAGCUGGAUCUGUACAACCAGAGGCUUCUAGAAAAGAGAGACCAACAAUACAAGGAGAUGCUGGCCUCUAGGAAACAGGCAGACAGGAACAAGAAUGGUUCCCUGAUCCCUGCAGUUCAGCAGGUUAUUGUAGAUCUCUUCCUUCCAGAUAGUCCAGAGAAACUUGAUUAGCCUCUGGAUCUCUGGACACAAUGUAGAAAGAUUGAAGACGAGAACAUGGCGACCAACUCAAGUAUUGGUCGGAUUCGCGAGGCCCCGCUGGUCCGUUAGGCCGGUGAUAAAUUCGCUCUGGUGGAAAAACGUCACGCAGUCGUAGAUUCCCACGAGACUUGACAAGGGUCCGUUGACAUUGAUUAAACGUUCGGUCAUUCUUCCGGUCGCCGUCCAUUAGCGAAGCCCACACAUCAAGACAAGAAGACGACUGAGGUCUGCGCUCCACACAGUAACGUCUCUUUCCUCUUCAUACAGCGACUCAUCAGUAUCAAGGUUUCAAAGAAGAUGUCAGUCUAGGGUUGACUGUAGUUAGAUGAGACUGUUGGAGGGUUUAGAAUAUUUGCUAGAGUUAAGCAUUGAUUCUCUAAACGUUUACCCACACAGACAGGGAGAGGUUGAACAGUUUGUUAGUGUAACUGCCAGUGUAGAUGCUGAUACCUUUGACCUGAACACAACAUUUAAUUUAGGCUUGAGAUUUCUAUGUUGACUUGCUACGAAUGUUCAUUCUGAGGAGAAUAUUGCGUCUAUGUAGGGAAAUCUGUUUGACAUAAAAGCAUAAAAGAACCUAUUCCUGAACAACAAGAUACCUGCAGGACUAAAGCACCACACGUCUCUGAAGGUUCAUCCAGGUAAUACUUUAUCCAAAAGGUGUUUUAAAAGAAGCAACUGGAAUUAUAGAGUUUUGAGGAGACACUCUUUAGACGUGAAGAAGCUACUCGGAUGAGCAGUGAAACGUCUUCUCAAAACUCUACAAGUUCAGUGGCCUUCGUAAACUCCUUGUGGAUCAUGCUAAAAGAUGCUAAUAUUAGCAGUGUAACCACUAAUCUCUCCUGGGUAGGUUUGAUCUGGUGCUUCUCAGUGAUACAGACAUUAUGCCAUUUCAGUAAACCAGGAACUUUUCUUCAGUUUUGCAGGAAUGGUCACCUGGAGAAGAACCAGUAGAAACACGACCCUGGCUAAUGUCUGUGCUGUGGCUCAUAGCUCCAGCUAAAACUUCCAGUCUGUUCUUAAACCUGAGUAGUUGUUCUCUUUCAUCACCAUGUAGCUGAAACUGUUUAUGAGUGGAAGCUAGGCUAGGACUAUGUCUGGUCCAGGACUGAGGAGGCCUUCCAGGUUUGGGUGGCUUUUGCAGACAUGGCUUAAAUAGACCAGGAAAUAUCCAGCCAGAAUGUGAGGAUGAAUCUAGGCCUUCAUGUCACACGUAAUUAAUUAAUGUUGAUUAUUCAGUAGCUAGUCCAGGAUCUGCUCAAUGUAGGAAGGGUUCAACUGUAAGACUUUGACUUUUCUUUAAUUUGUUCCAGCUUUGACGUCUCAUUUUAAACCCGUUCAUAUGUAACAUCUCCAUCUCUUCAUCUUUGUUAUGUUGAGGUUCACAUUCGGGUAGUAGCCAGUAUUUUUUCAGAUGUAGCUACAGGUUUUGCUAUAGUCUUCUAGGCUAGCUAGUUUAAUGCUAAUGUAAUUUAGAAGCUACCGGUAAACGUUUCUCUCUUCUCUGCCAACAACGGACUGUAUUAUUUUAACUCGAUGCAGGUUAAAGAGGUUUAGUAUUAGAUUAAGAUCUGGUUAGUGGGCGGAUGAUAACAACUAAAUUAACGUAAGCCAUGUUCAUGAAAGCCUUAAACAUCGAGGCCUGUCCUGGCCGUUAGAUCCGCUCUUACUCCGUGUUUAAACUAAAGGUUCCAGAUGUUUGAUUUGUCAAUGUUGCAGAUGUUGGGUUUUGAAUUUUUGACGACGGUAAGUCUUUGAGUCAAGAGUGUCUCCGACUUCCCGGGAUGUCCAGAAAACCCAGAGGACUGCUCAGAACAUUUCCCAUGAAAAGUAAAGACAUCCUAAUUAAUUUUCAGUAAUCUCUUUGUUGUUGUUAGUUUGUUAGCCAGGGCUAGCGCUGGUAGAUUAACGUGUGAGAUGUAUUGGAGGCAGUUCUUUAUACAAACCAUGUUAAACAACCGUAAGACUUCAACUUGAACCGACACGUCUGCUACUGGGGCGCUAGCUACAUGUUCUCAUGAGCUUAAGAAGCUCCAGUCCAGAUGGAGUGGUUAGAGUAGUUAGCUUAGCAAGCUAAAGCUGAGAUACUCUUAAGUUGGACACAUUGGGACAGAAUCAUGCUAAAUGAAAUCCUGUGUCUUCCACGUGAUGUGAUAAAACUGUGAAUAUAUUGUCUUCCGGACUGUGAACUAGCUUGUGCUCACCCAUUGAUGCUAAUGUUAGCUCACAAAGCUAAUGUAAAAGAGGCGUCAUUUAGGCCACCAGUUGGAUAGCGUUAGCUUAAACACUUUUGUGGUGAGUAUUUUUUAGAAUAUUUGAGUAAUGCCAUGUAGCCCCAACGUUUGGACUCUUUGAUUAUAAACUCUUUUACCUAAUGCUAACGGUGAUGCUAAUCAUUUAGCACUUAAAGCGGUGUCGAUCAGUACAGGAAGUGAUGCACUAGUUAACAUCAGCAGUUAAAAUGAUACUUGUCACUGUCAAGAUUUAGAAUAACUUUAUGAAAUACUUAGCAGCAGUGUUACGUUAAAUGCUAAAUCUUAGCCAUUAGUUAGUCUUCAGUCUGUGGCAAUAGCUGUAGCUCUGGAGGCUAACACAUCUACCCAUUAGCAUUUGCUUUGUACGUUUUGACUUAAGUUGCUGAAACUGCAACCGCAACUCUCUGGGUAGCCUUGCUUUAAGCUAACAGGUCUUUCAGGUGCAUCCGAGUUAGCUUCACUUCACGGUCACUCGUGACAGUUCAGUCGAGUUAGAUCCGUCACUUCAGACUGAAAUACGGAGUUAAAGUUCAGAAACGGGAAAUAAAAUCUAACAGUUGGUUACAUAUAGGCUCAUUAGCAGUCACGUUAUAAAUCUGUGGACGGUUUCUUUUUCUUUUUUCAGGACACAAAGUUGGACCUAAUUUAACGCUCAUACCAUUUCCUCAACUAAACACUGGAGUCUGCAUGAACCCUAAUACGAGAGUAAAACAAGUUCAAACAAUAUUAAUCAAGUUAUCAGUGUUAUGCUCAAAUUUUAAGGACGUUGUUUUGCAUGUUUGUCUGUUAGCUGUUAGCCGUUAGCUGUUAGCUAGGGACACGCUGUAAAUAGCCAUUGAUACCAUUCAUCUGGUUUAAAAUCUGAAGGUAGGUGAUGAUUUUAAUCUCUGAUCUGCCAGUAAUUCUUAAUUGUUUUACACAUCGGUCUCUAGUUACAUAACCGUGUUUGUGACGUUAGCCGUCGUCUUUGGGACUUUGUCAGAUGUAAUGAACCCAGCUUUAGUUUUAAUUCUUUUAUACAGUAAAGAUCAUUUGUGUAAUGACGCCGGUAAAAUGUGUCCUGAUAGAACCAACUACUGAACCUACUCCAGCGGUUUUAGAGCAGCUGUCGGUCCAUCUCCUGCUAAAAGAACAUCCUUGUGGUCCGGCGGGUGUUUGACAGAUGUUUGUGUCAGAGACGGUUUCGG